GUACUCUUCCCGAGAUGAACCAUUUUGAUGCCUUGAAGCUUGCCAGAAGCCAGAGAUGUUGAUUUAGAGAUAAUACAGUAGCAAUUCCGUUGAUCUUGGUGAUGGGUUUGGGUUGGAAGUACAACGCAGGAUUGGGGUUGAUUGGUACCGUCGUCUUCAUAUGGGUCGCCUCUGCAGAGGUUACUCAGAGAAUUUUCACAGAGUACAAACAGCCAUUUUCACUCACCUAUCUCGGGGUGUCUCUGAUGGUCGUCUAUCUACCUAUAGCAGCCUUUAAGGACUGGAUCUGCAGCUUCCUGAGCUUUUCAAACCCUCUUCCAACAAAUGAAUUUCAUCACAGUGCAGAAAAAGAUAUCACAAGUUCCUUAAUUACUGAUAAAGACCUCAGCGAUAGGGAAGAAGGGUUCCCUGAAAAGGAUAAGAAUCAAGUAGAUGAGCCUCUGUUUCUUGCACAAAGAAAUCAACUUGGUCCAUUGGAAAUUGCAAAAUGUGGCUUAAUUCUUACUCCAGCAUGGUUUAUCACAGAGUAUUUGUCGAACUCUGCACUGGCAAAUACUAGUGUUGCAAGUACAACUGUGCUAACUUCUACAUCGGGGCUCUUUACACUUUUGUUCGGAGCACUUCUUCGUCAGGACUCCAUAAACAUUCCAAAGAUGGUUGCUGUUUUCAUCAGCAUGGCUGGUGUUGCCAUGACCACAGCUGGAAAAACUUGGGCACCUGAUGAACCGCUCAGCAUAUCUGAGACUAGAAAGCACUCAAUAAUAGGAGACAUUUUGGGUCUUCUGUCAGCAGCAUCAUAUGGAUUAUUCACAGUGUUACUCAAGAAAUAUGCUGGAUCAGAAGAGGAAGGGGAUAAGGCUGAUGUGCAAAAGCUAUUUGGAUAUAUUGGUCUCUUCACUCUUCUUGGUCUGUGGUGGCUUGUCUGGCCGCUGAGUGCUAUGGGGAUUGAACCUUCUUUUGAAUUUCCACCAUCAGGAUCUGUUGGGGAAGCUGUGCUGUUAAAUGGCUUUGUGGGGAGUGUUCUUUCAGAUUAUUUUUGGGCUCUUUCUGUUGUUUGGACAUCUCCAUUAGUUGCAACGUUGGGCAUGUCCUUGACAAUUCCCUUUGCUAUGGUUGCUGACAUGGUGAUUCACCGCCGUCGUUUCUCUGCAAUCUACAUCUUUGGUUGCAUUCAGGUUUUUGCAGGAUUUGUCAUGGCAAACCUUUCGGACAAGUUUUCUAAGCAGGAAGUUGUAAUAGAAUGAACAAAUCUCAAAAGUUUUGUAGUUUGUAUAUACGCUACAUGUGUAAGAUAUAGGACACCUCUACUACGUACUUACCUUAAAUUGUACUUGUAGUGCAAAUGUUCAUAUUGUGGUAUGGAUUUUGGUGGCUUCUCUUAUGAGUUAUGACAAUUGGCUUCCCCCUUUUGCAUUCAGUAAUGUCACUGAGAAAUAACUAGGCCUCUGUCAUUGUUUGAUGUCUGGUUGUUUGUCUUACUCAAACCAUGUAUCUCAUCGUUCUGGUCUGGCUUGUUGAAGUUCCUUUCUUUUGUCAGAAUAUAUGAAGGAACAGAAAACUAAGCACUUGUUGCAGUUGUUGGGGGGCAUAAGCGUCAUUGCAGGGAGCGAUAAGUAAUAAAAAAUUGUUGGGUGAUUAAUAAUUG